AUGUCUCUGUCGCAAACCAUGGUGCAAAACAAAUACAUGCAAUUGAAAAAUCAAAAGAUCAUGUCUGCAGCCGCACGGACAUUUAUUUCCAUACACAUUGGAGUCUGUUUCGAUGAAAUGGAUUCCCCUGGCUCAUCUGCCCCCUCUCCUCCAGAUCUUACAAUUAUCCCAAAAAUUAGUUCAAAAAAGUGCCAAAUUUGUGAAAACCCAGCUCACGGGAAGCACUUUGGAGCGGUCACUUGCAGGGCGUGUGCUGCAUUUUUCAGGCGAUUUGGUAUUUCAAAUAAUUUCAAGCCAUGUAAAACUGAAAAUAAGUGCAGUUUUCGGAAAAAUGGGUAUUUUAGUUGCAAAAAAUGCAGAAUGCAAAGGUGUCUGCAAUUUGGGAUGACUAUUGAUAAUUUCCAAUUCGAUAGAGAGCCAUUUAACCCGUUAAAAAUGAAUGUAGGGAUUCCACAGACGGUUGACACAUUUUCUGGAAGGCCCAGCUUGAUACUUUUCAGUGCUCCUUCGGGCUCCAGCGGCCCCAAACGCUACAUUGACGUUCAAUUUCUCGUUGAUAGAGCUGUUGAAGUUUUGCUAAAUGGCUCAGAAACCCCGUAUCAAGUUUCCAAUGUGCUUCAAAAGUUAGCGAUUGGAUUGCAAAAUAUACGUGGUCCGCAACAAAAAGUGUCACAAAUUGUCACAAAAAUUGGAAAAGAGGGGAUUUUCAAACUGUGGGAGGAAGAAAUGCUUCGGAUGGCAAAGUGGUUGACCUACUUUGAUGAUUUUCAGAGACUUCCGCAUUCUGUUCAGAUCGAAAUCUUAAAUGGAGUGUGGUUUCUUUUCGGCCGACUUGAAAACAUUGCAUCAACUGCCUUGGCGAGAAAACGAAAAUUGUGCAAGGAUGACAUGGUCAUGACAUGUGUGAAUAAAAAUGUUUUAAUUUGUGAUCUGAGAACACUCGAGAUCGACUUAUCUUGGUGCUCAAAAUAUACGUUCCAGCAGUUGAAAUUCUUCGACCAGUAUGACGAUCUAAGACAGUUAGAUAUUUUAAUAAAUGCAAUGCUAGACCUCGAACCAACCCACGAAGAGCUGUCCUACAUGAUAUGUCAAUUAUGUUUCCAUCAAGUCGGGAAAAAGUUGCAAGGAAACAUUCUGAAAACCGUCGAAAAGUUACAAGAAGUGUUAUCCAAUAACUUGCACGAUUAUUAUGUGAAUCAGAUGAACCAGCCCAAAUAUUCAAAGAGAAUCGCUAGAAUGAUGAAGAUAAACAAUACUGUUGAGCAAUGCCUAUACCGCGAUCGUGUGAAAGCAGACCUAAUGAAAGUUUUCGAGGUAUUUCAUGUGGAGUGCUCUCAUCCUGGAAUUUUUCUGAAUGCUUAAUAUGUAUUUUAACUAAAAAAUGAGUUUUCCUUUCAUCAAAUUCCUAUAUAUUUUUCAGAUGUUAUUGUUAUACUAAUAUUUUAAUAAAAUCGUUAUCCGCACAGUACUUAUAAAUAUUUGUUUUCCUCUUAUCAUUUUUGAUGUGUACCUUUUUGGUUCUUCUCAAAUUUUUUUUAUAAUAAGUAGUAAAUUACUGUUCCAAUACUACACCAAAUCUUCCCUUGUUUUCAAAUUGUUCAGUUAAUAAGGAAAUUCAAAAAGUAAAUCGUUUUUCUACAUAAUCUCA